UUGACAUUCUCUCCUUCCUUCUUCGAACUUUUUAAAAAGAGAGAGAGAGAGACUUUGUAAAACCCAGACGAUGAUCAUCAUGAUGAUAAUGAUGAACAACAUGUUCUUGUGUUCUCUUUGUUAAAAUCAUUCUCUUUCUCGUUCUUUAAUUUUUUCUCCCUUAGAAUCCAUAAUCCUCUGUUUUGGUCUCUGUUUUUGGAGAUUGAUCUCAAAUCCAGAGAAGAGAAAAAGAAAAAGUUAUGGGUUGUGCGAGUUCCAAGCAUCGUAGUAAGCGUUGUGUUCAUUGCCAGCGAGGGUAUUCUCCGGUAGACGUACCGAGAAGCCAAUCUGUGCAUCACCAACCACAAAACUCUGAAGAUAGCUGUCACAUGGUGGCUCUAAGUUCCUCUAGCCUUGGAUCUCUGAAGCUAUGUGAUUCUUCUUUUGGGCAUAAUCACAAACACUUGGCAGACUUGAGCGAUAAGCUUUUUUCCGAGGAAUCUGCGAAAACGGGUAAUGGGUUUGGUUCAAAUGUGGUCAGAGAGAAGUCUGAUAAGGAGAAAAUGAAUUUGGAAUUGCAGGCUAAGCUUAUGGAGGCGAAGGUUUGGUCAAGUAUGAUGAAUGAGAAGAUCCCAAAGGUUGUGCCGAAGACACCGAUUGAGACGCCUCCGGGGGAGCCUGAAACGAUUAAUACAUGGGAAAUGAUGGAUGGGCUUGAAGACAAUCUUAGUCCUUUACGAUCACCAAAUCAUGUGAGGAGCUUUUCGUUUAAUGUUUCACGUAAUGGUGAUUGCGAACGACCUAAGUCGAAUGGUAACGGUGAGACGCUUUGGCUUCAAAUGGAGGAAGCAGAAGGGUUUGAAGAUUUUGAUCCUGAGAUCAUUUCUUCGUUUAGGAAAUCGCUUCAAGAACUUCCUUCUGAUCAUCCGUUUCACAUUUCGGUUCACGAUUUCAGAUUGAAUCCAAGUUUUAAUUUCUCUGUUGAUGAAAAGGAGGAGUGUUUGGAUGAAACAAGAGAAUGUGUUGUUGCUAAAGAGAAAGUGAUACUUUACUUCACAAGUCUUAGAGGUAUAAGGAAGACAUAUGAGGAAAGCUGCGAUGUCCGGGUUAUACUAAAAAGUCUAGGGAUUAGAGUGGAUGAGCGAGAUGUAUCCAUGCAUUCGGGUUUCAAGGAGGAGUUGAAGGAGCUGCUAGGGGAUAAGUUCAACAAUGGCGUUGGGAUCACAUUGCCUAGAGUUUUCUUGGGGAGGAAGUAUCUUGGUGGAGCAGAGGAGAUUCGAAAGUUGAAUGAAGAUGGGAAGUUGGAGAAGCUUCUUGAAGGCUGCGAGAGGGUGGAAGAAAACCAAAAUGGUAAUGGUCAAGAAUGCGAGGCUUGUGGAGAUGUAAGGUUUGUGCCGUGUGAGACAUGUUCAGGGAGCUGCAAAGUGUACUAUGAAUAUGAAGAUGAAGACGAUGAGGAUGAAGAAGAGGAUGAUGAUGAAAGUGUAAAGGAAGAAAGAGAGUAUGGGUUUCAAACAUGUCCUGAUUGUAAUGAGAAUGGUCUUAUUAGAUGUCCUGUUUGUUGUGAUUAGUUUACAUGCAUACAUAAAAAAGGGAACCUUAAAUUUAUGUUUGUUUUACAAAAUUUGUGUUUUGAGUGAUUGAGAGUUUUUUUUUUCUUGCCUCUAAAGAUUUUGUUGUACAUAAAGAGGUUUUUGAUUCAGAAAGUGUUGUUGUUGUCGUCGUCUA